GGCGCACGCCGUCCCCCGCCGCCCUCCAGCUCCCAGCGCCUGGCAGCCGGGACCCCGCGCGCCGCCCCGCGCCAGGGUUCGCUCCGAGAGCCCGGUCCGUGUCGCCGCGGCUCGCUCAGGUUCCCCCGGCCAUGCGUCCCCGCGCCGCCCCCCGCUCCCCCGCCGGCCGCGCCGCCGCCGCCGCCACGCUCGAGCUCUGCAGCCUCCUCCUGCUGCUGCUGCUCCGACCCGGACACGCGUGCCCCGCGGGCUGCGCCUGCACCGACCCGCACACCGUGGACUGCCGCGAUCGCGGGCUGCCCAGCGUGCCCGACCCUUUCCCCCUGGACGUGCGCAAGCUGCUGGUGGCAGGCAACCGCAUCCAGCACAUCCCCGAGGAUUUCUUCAUUUUCUACGGCGACCUGGUGUACCUGGACUUCAGAAAUAACUCGCUGCGCUCGCUGGAGGAGGGCACGUUCAGCGGCUCCGCCAAGCUGGCUUUCCUGGACCUCAGCUACAACAACCUGACCCAGCUGGGCGCUGGCGCCUUCCGCUCGGCGGGGAGGCUGGUCAAGCUGAGCCUGGCCAACAACAAGCUGGCGGGCGUGCACGAGGACGCCUUCGAGACCCUGGAGUCGCUGCAGGUGCUGGAACUCAACGACAACAAUCUGCGCAGCCUCAACGUGGCCGCCCUGGCCGCGCUGCCCGCGCUGCGCACCCUGCGCCUAGACGGGAACCCCUGGCUCUGCGACUGCGACUUUGCCCACCUCUUCUCCUGGAUCCAGGACAACGCGUCCAAGCUGCCGAAAGGAUUUAUACUCUUUGAGAUUAAGGGCCCUUUUUUUUUUGCCACCAAUCCCUUGGCCCAAGAUAAAGUGUCCACUAAAUGUGUGUUGAAUGAGUGCGUGGAAAACCAUUGGCAUGGUGCUUGGAUCUUCAUGCCUCGGGCCGCGAGGAAAUCCAGUGCUCCCUGCCCCUGGGGAACAGGAGGAUAUUCCUGCAUGAGCUGUCCGAGGCCAGCUUCAGCGAGUGCAGGUUCAGCCUGUCGCUCACGGACCUGUUCAUCAUCAUCUUCUCCGGGGUGGCCGUGUCCAUUGCUGCCAUCAUCUCCAGCUUCUUCUUGGCCACCGUGGUGCAGUGUUUCCAGAGAUGCGCGCCCAACAAGGACACGGAAGACGAGGACGAGGAUGAGGACGACUGAGGCGCCCCCUCCCUUCCUGGCUUGCCGGAGCCCAGGCCGGGCUCCUCUCCACGAGGAGAGGGAAGAGGGGAAGGGGGAAGCUAGAAGGAGUCAACCUUCGGCAGGGCCCAGAGAAGCCCCUGCCCCUGGCCAUGCACCUGGAGUGCCCGUAGCCACGCCCCGGCCACGCCCCCGGCACGCCUAGGCCACGCCCCCGGCCGCCCUCUGGGACCUCCUAUCUCAGAGUUUAGAACCUGCCAGGAGGAGCUGAUUUCAGGGGGGACCUGCCUCCCCGCCCCGCGGGAGAUGCGAGAAUGGGGGAGGAGACGGCUGGUCAGGCUUCCCCGCUGAUGGCUGAACACCAAGUCAGGCGGUGUGGACGCUUGCAGUUCCCGCCGCCAAGCUGGUUUGUGCACCUGUUCUGGGCCUGGACUCGCAGACGGAGCAGCGGCCCCCUCCACCCCGCGGGAUGCAGCGGCUCGGAUGGGGACCCGUGUCCAGGGCCCUGUCCCUGGAGCCGGGUUUCUCCUGCUGUAAUGGGUUUCAGCAGCCUCGGGAGGUGCGGAGGACAAACCCCCAUUUGGCUACAGGGGCACGGAGGGAAAAGCUCAGGCCAAGCGGUGUUUGUUGCCGUAUUUGGGUAGGCAGGUGAGGAAGACUGACCGGCAGGACUCACCCUCAUCCUCGGGCUCAGGAAGCAACUCCUAGAGGAAGGACGGUGGGUCAUACAGUCUGGAGGGCCUCUAUGCCCCCUCACUCUGCCCCCCGAAAUACGACCAAUUGUCCUCCUUCCUUGGCCCCCCAGUUCCAGUCCCUCCUCGGCCCAUUAAUGCCUGACCCCAUCUCUGUGCUGGCCUCGGUCUGGACUUGUCAUCUCCAGAACUUGCAGCAAACUGUCUUCCAGGCCAGGAUUCCAAAAAGCAGGUUGUACCCGACCAACAAAAUGUUAAAAACAAAACCAAACCAAAAAAAGCAACCAAACCCGGGACUUGGCCUCUGAGAAACGUCCCUCCCUCCGUGGCCUUAGGGUGUGUGUGAUAUUUCUUGGGAGCACACAUUGUGACAGGCACGGCUUUGCUGGAUGUGCAAGAUGGCACUGUGGGGCAGAGAUAAUACGAAACCAUGUCACGAGCCCGGCGGGUUGAUACCAGGUGACAGCGUCUGCAGCCUCAGACCCUGCUGGAGACUGAGACAUAGCUGGGGCUCGAGAGAAGCCCCUGGGGUGUUGCUGGGAAACACCUCUCCAUUGUGUCUCACAAUAUAUUCCUUCUGUGUCCUGU